AUGGCUGCGGAGAGCAACGCGGUUCAGUUCUCAGACUUACCCGUCAAGAGACCCAGAGAAGAAGGGCAAGUCGACGGAGAAAAUGGCGUCCCCGACACCCUUUCUACGCUCUCCAAUCACUCUCAACAACCUGGUAUCUCUGCGGUUAUUCCCGGCUGGUUCUCUGAAAUCAGCCCAAUGUGGCCUGGGGAGGCGCAUUCUUUGAAGGUGGAAAAAAUUCUGUUUGAAGGGAAGUCCGACUAUCAGAAUGUUAUGGUCUUCCAGUCGUCAACUUACGGCAAGGUUCUUGUUCUGGAUGGGGUCAUUCAGCUCACAGAGAGGGAUGAGUGUGCCUACCAAGAGAUGAUCACUCAUCUUCCUCUUUGCUCUAUUUCAAACCCCAAAAAGAUUUUGGUUAUUGGUGGAGGAGAUGGUGGAGUCCUGCGUGAAGUAGCUCGCCAUUCCUCGGUAGAGAAGAUAGAUAUUUGCGAAAUAGACAAGAUGGUUGUUGAUGUCUCCAAGCAAUUUUUUCCUGAUGUAUCAGUAGGUUUUGAGGAUCCACGCGUGACCCUUACUAUUGGUGAUGGAGUUGCAUUUUUGAAGGCUGUUGAAGAAGGAACUUAUGAUGCAGUUAUAGUGGAUUCAUCCGACCCUAUUGGUCCUGCUCAAGAACUGUUUGAAAAGCCCUUUUUUUCGUCAGUUGCAAGGGCUCUUCGUCCAGGAGGAGUUGUGUGUACUCAAGCAGAAAGUAUAUGGCUUCAUAUGGAUAUCAUUGAGGGCAUUGUGGCUAAUUGUCGUCAGAUAUUCAAAGGCUCUGUCAACUAUGCAUGGACCACGGUUCCUACUUACCCAAGUGGGAUGAUUGGUUUUAUGCUUUGUUCAACUGAGGGUCCUCCUGUGGACUUCAAGCAUCCAGUGAAUCCUAUAGAUGAAAAUGAUAGUCAACAGUCAACAAGACCAUUGAAAUUUUACAACUCUGAGAUUCAUACCGCGGCUUUCUGUUUGCCAUCUUUUGCCAAAAGGGCUAUUGGUUCUAAAGCAAAUUGA